AUGAGAUUCACAACAGCUGAGUUGGCUACUCAAAUUCUCUACCGGUAUGUGCAAUGUGGCCGCCUUACGGAGCUUCCAAUGGACCAUGUGACGAGGUGCUCCACGGCAGCUGCGUUUAGGAUCGCGUUGGUUCUAAAUGAACAGACACACAUUCCGCUCAGUGAGCUUGUCCGCAUGGGACAGAACAACAAGGGACAGAAUAGAUUCACAAAAGAAGAAAUAUGUUUGAGCGAGUGGCACAUAUUCCACUGUAUGGACGACAGCAUGCUUUCACCGCCGACAAUUGAGGGUUGUGUUAAGGGCUAUGUGGAAGGUUUCCAGGAGGCUGCUAUCGUACUUCCCGUCGACUUUCGACAGGUAUUGGAAGAAUUGAUUUGUUUGGCUAUUCACGGCAUCUUGUUUUUGGAGUACCCAGUGCAAUGGGUGGGGCUCGGGAUCGUUGUGCUGGCCCUUCGAUUGUGCCAAGGGCAACAUAUUUGGGAAGCACAGGUUGCAGUCUUGUAUGGGGAGGUAGGAAUCGAAGAAGGCUCACCCGUGGCUGAUGGUAUCUCUGAAAUCUGCGCUCGGCUCCUCAUAUUGAAUGCGCAUUUUCCUAUCAGCUCGUGA